CCGCUGCCCCAAACUCAAUCUUCGCCACCAUGCGACGCCGCCCCACCGAUCCACCGUCUUCCCCAAAUCUUUACCGUCCAAUCAUCACACACCUCAAUAAGACCCCAUCGGUUGCCAAGUGGACGGUCCAAAACGAGGAUCUAUCAUAACAAGUGUGAGCCUCGCUACAGCCAAACCCUCCCGCCUUAUCCUCCAAUUUUAUCUCUUAUCUAUAAAUCUACAGACCCUCGCACCGCUCAAACCCUCCCGAGUAGUGUGAGUCGUGUUUCUCUCUCCCCCUUCUCUCUCCCUCUCUCUCUCUCUUGCUGUUCAGGCGAGUGUCGCAGCCAUGGGGUCGGUGUUGCUUUCGGAUCUGGCGACGGAGGUUCUGAUUCCGGUGUGCGCGGUGAUUGGAAUCGCGUUCUCGUUGGUCCAGUGGGUGCUGGUGUCUCGCGUGAAGCUCUCUCUGGACCGGAACGCGUCGUCACCGAAGAACAAGAAUGGAUACAAUGACUACUUGAUUGAAGAGGAGGAAGGCAUCAAUGACCAUAACGUCGUCUCCAAGUGCGCCGAGAUACAGGCUGCUAUAUCCGAAGGUGCAACAUCUUUUCUAUUUACUGAAUAUCAGUAUGUGGGUAUCUUCAUGGUUGCUUUUGCAAUUCUCAUAUUCCUCUUCUUGGGCUCUGUUGAGAGUUUUAGCACAAAGAGUCAACCCUGCACCUAUAACCCAGAUAAGCUAUGCAAGCCAGCACUUGCCACUGCUAUAUUUAGCACUGUGUCAUUCGUGCUUGGUGCUGUCACCUCAGUCUUAUCUGGUUUCCUAGGGAUGAAAAUUGCAACCUAUGCAAAUGCAAGGACUACGUUGGAAGCUAGAAAAGGUGUAGGGAAAGCGUUUAUUACUGCAUUUAGAUCUGGUGCAGUUAUGGGUUUUCUUCUUGCUGCUAAUGGACUCUUGGUCCUGUAUAUUGCAAUCAAUCUUUUCAAGCUGUACUAUGGUGAUGACUGGGAAGGCCUUUUUGAGGCUAUUACUGGUUAUGGCCUUGGGGGUUCCUCCAUGGCUCUUUUUGGAAGAGUUGCCGGAGGGAUCUACACUAAGGCUGCUGAUGUUGGUGCUGAUCUUGUGGGGAAGGUUGAAAGGAACAUUCCUGAAGAUGAUCCAAGGAAUCCAGCUGUGAUUGCAGAUAAUGUUGGUGAUAAUGUGGGUGAUAUUGCUGGCAUGGGGUCUGACCUUUUUGGCUCAUAUGCUGAAUCAUCUUGUGCUGCACUUGUUGUGGCCUCUAUCUCUUCCUUUGGAAUCAACCAUGAGUUUACUUCAAUGUGUUAUCCCCUUCUUAUUAGUUCUAUGGGUGUCCUUGUUUGUUUGAUCACCACUCUCUUUGCCACUGACUUUUUUGAAAUCAAGGCUGUCAAGGAAAUUGAACCAGCGUUGAAAAAACAGCUUAUUAUCUCUACUAUUCUAAUGACUCUGGGAAUUGCAAUAGUUAGCUGGAUUGCGCUGCCAUCAUCCUUCACAAUUUUCAAUUUUGGUGCUCAAAAAGUUGUGAAGAAUUGGCAGCUGUUCUUGUGUGUUUGUGUUGGGCUUUGGGCCGGACUUAUCAUUGGGUUUGUGACAGAGUACUACACUAGCAACGCAUACAGCCCCGUGCAAGAUGUUGCGGAUUCCUGCCGGACUGGAGCUGCCACAAAUGUUAUCUUUGGCCUUGCUCUGGGAUACAAAUCAGUCAUUAUUCCAAUUUUUGCCAUUGCAAUCAGCAUAUUUGUCAGUUUUAGCUUUGCUUCCAUGUAUGGUAUUGCCGUGGCAGCCCUUGGCAUGCUUAGCACCAUUGCUACUGGACUGGCAAUUGAUGCAUAUGGUCCCAUCAGUGACAAUGCUGGAGGCAUUGCUGAGAUGGCUGGCAUGAGCCAUCGAAUCCGUGAAAGAACCGAUGCACUUGAUGCUGCUGGAAACACCACUGCAGCCAUCGGAAAGGGGUUUGCUAUUGGAUCUGCUGCACUUGUGUCAUUGGCCCUUUUUGGUGCUUUUGUUAGCCGUGCAGCAAUUUCAACUGUUGAUGUUCUUACCCCGAAGGUCUUUAUUGGUUUGAUUGUCGGUGCCAUGCUUCCCUACUGGUUCUCUGCCAUGACAAUGAAGAGCGUGGGAAGUGCAGCCUUAAAGAUGGUUGAGGAGGUUCGGAGGCAGUUUAACACCAUUCCAGGUAUCAUGGAGGGGCUUGCGAAGCCUGAUUACGCCACCUGUGUCAAGAUCUCUACUGAUGCGUCUAUCAAGGAGAUGAUUCCACCUGGUGCCCUCGUCAUGUUGACACCACUGAUUGUUGGAACUCUGUUCGGCGUUGAGACACUCUCGGGUGUGCUUGCUGGCGCCCUUGUUUCUGGAGUUCAGAUAGCAAUCUCUGCAUCCAACACUGGUGGAGCGUGGGAUAACGCCAAGAAGUACAUCGAGGCUGGUGCCUCUGAGCACGCGAGGACCCUCGGGCCUAAAGGAUCUGAACCUCACAAGGCGGCUGUGAUUGGUGACACCAUCGGUGACCCUCUUAAGGAUACAUCAGGCCCGUCGCUCAACAUUCUCAUCAAGCUAAUGGCAGUAGAGUCCCUUGUGUUUGCUCCCUUCUUUGCCACCCAUGGUGGCUUGCUUUUCAAGAUCUUCUAAUAGUUCCUGCAUUUGCCCAAGCCCAAGCCGCCUUCUACAUCCAACCAUGUCCAACCCCAUUUGUUGGGGGUUUUUCUAAGCUUUUUAGGUAGUUAAAAUUUUCGAUGAGCAGAUGAUAAAUGUGGUGGUAAGGAUGAUGAUGAUGAUGAUGAUGAUGAUGAUGAUGAUAAAGAAGAAAAUUACCAUUCACAAUCAGUCAGUGAGGGUUUGAGAAUUGAGAUAGCAUUAGAAUUUAGAAGCAAUAGUUUCCAAAUUUUCAUAGCAAUGGCAUCAUCUUUUCUUUUGCUCUUUUUUAAGGGAUAAAUCGGUAGAUUGGGUUGGGGGGCCUUUGGCCAAUGUUGUUCCGUGCCUUUUCAAGCUUAAGAUCGUCUAGAAGGGUGGGUAGGUACGCAUAAAUUCAGGUCAAUUUACUUUUGAUUUUGCUCAGUAGUUUGAUUUGAUGGGUUACCCAUCUAAUAUUUAUUUUAUGCUUAAUCUGUUCCCAGUUACAUUUUAACA